ACGGGGGGCCUGACCAGCGUCGGGCACCGAACGCACCCUUAAGCACGCGGGCCCCAUCUUGAGCUGCUCCUCCGCACGAGCAACAGGCCAGACACUCCACGAUGCGGCUGUCCCCCCUCGCCCCUGGGCUGGCGCUGCUAGCCGCCUCCGCCGCGGCGGUCAAGACGUCCAUCUACAUCAACGAGAUCGCGGGCUACUCUGCGCUGGCGCCGUGCGCAGAGAACCGGGUCAGCGCGAUUGUGCGCGCGCAGGCGUCCGGGUGCGGAGACGCGCAGCAGCUGACGAGCUUCAGCUGUUUCUGCAUUGACCAGUCCUCACAUAUCUCGAGCGUGCUGUCGACGGCGGUGCAGGAGUUUUGCCUGGCGCAGGCGACGACGACGCGGACGGCGAGUGUGACGGCGGCGCUGCCGGAGGUCACGGCCGCGAUUGAUGUGUUCGAUAGCUACUGCGCGCGCAGCACCGAGCUGUCGUGGUACCAGGGAGCCAGCACUGCCUCAUCUGCCUUGAACUCGCUGAUCACGCCCGCGCCCUCGACCACCGGCGCGGCCUCCUCGAGCAACGCGGCUUCGGCAAGCAGCUCGGCCACCAGCGCGGCACCAGCAAGCAAUUUAGGCGGCGCCUCUGUCCCCGUGGCCGCCAUCGCCGCGCCCGUGGUUAUCGGUGUCAUCGCCAUUGCGGGCGUCAUAGGCCUCUUCUUCUGGCUGCGUCGGCGGCGGCCCGCGGCCGCGGCGGUCAAGGACGAGAGCCGCGCGCCGCCGACGUACUCGCACGGCGAGCUGGAGCCAAGCACCAGGCACGAGGUGCCGAACGCGGUGCCGGAGAUGGCGGGCGCGGGCGCGGUGAAGUACCGGUACGAGUUGGACAGCCAGGCGGCGGAGCUGGCGGGAGGGAAGCCGCGGGUGUGAGACGGCAUCGUCGUCCUGUCUGGCUGGAUAAGCAGUCUGCCUGUACUUGUCCUUUUUCCCUUGUCAGCUUCUACCAUGUCGCCCUGUCGACGACCUUCUACCUGUUAAUAUCAAAUCAUGAGAAAACGAAGGAACGAAGUGCAAUGACUGAGUUUGGAUGUGCUAAUGCAGCGUCUAGUGAUGAGCCAAUCUAGCUGAAGAGACCAUAGCCAGUCUAGAGACCAUAGCCAGUCUACACAGUAG